CAAACCUAGAAAAUCUCACACAUCAAGGUGUUUGAUGCCGAUCUCGAACCACAUAUCUAGUGGAUGCUAAAGAUGUGUCUAAUGCAAGUUGAACACUUCCCCAUGUUCUAAACGUAUCAAGGUAGUUCCCCGUUUGAGUGUAUCUUGAGAAGCCAAUGGGAAUAUUUAGGUGAGUUCCUCGGACCAGUUUGAGGUCUUGUUACAUAGGUUGGACAUCAAGUCUUGUGGCAUACGCCCGUAUGCGCUUCGUUAGUGCCAUGGAAUGUGAGUCAACUUCAGUAUCGUCUAGGAAGCAUCACGCAAGAUGUCGCUAUUCUUUCAGCAAGUACGGGUCCGAAAUAUCCGUUUAAGUCCAGAAGGUCCGUUCCAAAAUGAUAUGGAUGGGAUUGGUAUGAGUUGCCAGUUUCGUAUGACCGAAUGUAUAUAUAAAGUCGGAAGAGAACCCUUCACUUACAACAGAGAAAUAACUCGCAACUCUUGUAUUUGAUAACAUAAAUCGAGCCGCCAUCGAUCGUUCUUAUGCAGUAACACCACUGCUGCUGCCACUGCCGCUGCCACCACCAUCACCACCUCCAUUCACUGUCACUCCAUCCUCACUAAUUCUACAAAUACACGGCCACUCUACUACUACAUCUUUUCACCUCAACUUCUCACCUCUUCAUCACCGACACUAGCAACCUAUCGCAACAAACAAUGGCUCUCCCUUUCGCACCACCUCCCAAAAGCCCUCUUGGGCGCUACCGACUGUUGUCACCAACUGCAUCGGUUUGGGUGUCCCCUAUUUGUCUUGGUACAAUGAACUUUGGAAAUGCUUGGAAAGAGUGGAUGGGAGAAUGCGACCAGUCCACAUCGGAGUCAAUCUUGGAUUUUUUCUAUGAACAGGGUGGAAACUUUAUUGACUCUGCAAACAACUACCAAUUCCAGGAAACCGAGAAAUGGGUGGGAGAAUGGAUGCGGAAGCGCGGUAACCGGGAUGAAAUCGUUCUUGCCACCAAAUACACCACCAACUUUCGAGCUGGACCCGGUGCUCCUAAUAUCAUGGUGAACUUCACUGGCAACGGAUCGAAAAGUCUGAGGGCUUCAGUUGAGGCCAGCCUUAAGAACCUGCAGACCGAUUACAUUGAUCUUCUCUAUGUUCACUGGUAUGAUGGCAACACCUCUAUCCCAGAGAUGAUGCAAUCUCUCAACCAACUCGUCCUCUCCGGAAAGGUCCUCCACUUGGGCGUCAGCGACACUCCUGCUUGGAUCGUGAGCAAGGCCAACGAAUAUGCCCGCUGCAAUGGCCUUCGCCAGUUCUCUGUAUAUCAGGGUCGCUGGUCCGCGGCGUCCCGCGAUUUCGAGCGGGAUAUUAUUCCCAUGUGUCAAGCUGAAGGCAUGGGAAUUGCGCCGUGGGGCUCCCUUGGAGGCGGAAAGUUCAAGACCGAAGAACAACGCAAUGCGCGGGAAGGACGAAGAGUGGAGGCCAGCGAGAAAGAGAUCAGAACCAGUAAAGUGCUGGAGUCGAUCGCUAACCGUAAGAACACACUCAUCACCAGCAUCGCACUGGCAUAUGUCAUGCACAAGACAAGUUAUGUGUUUCCCAUCAUCGGUGGUCGAAAGGUGGAUCAUCUCAAAGCCAACAUUCAGGCUCUCACCCUAAAUCUCUCCCCUGAGGAUAUCCAAGAGAUCGAUGGGGCUACUGAAUUCGAUGUGGGCUUUCCCAACGACUUCCUGUAUCGUGGGGGUAACUCUUUUGGAGGUCCAGACGUUUGGCUGCUCCAGAUGGGUGGCACGUUUGACCACAUCCAACCACCAAAGCCCAUCUCACCGGCUGCGCGAGGGGAAUAGGGCGUCCGUCUCAAAGCGAACUUUUGGCGAUGGUUACCAGCUCGGUCUCGAUCGGACUGGACGGAAUUGGAUUGGAAAGAGAGAAUUGGUGCUGUGGUGAUGCCUUCUAUUCGAUGGUGAGCCAGGCGGGAUUGCUUGUUUGUUAGACUGGGACGAGAGCGAGCACACGGGUUCAGAUUAAGAGGUUAUUGGGGAGAUCACCAGCACAGAAAACCAAAGACCAACCUUGCUUCGCAAAUUCAAGACCUUUCUCUUAGAAUAUAUUGUUAUGUUGCUUGCUA